GCCUUCAUGGAAUGCAGUGAAUGUUGUGUGUGUCUAUUUGAGAAGAUGACUCCUUGGCUAAAGCAAAUAAACUCAAAAGAAAUUAAAGCUGCAAGUGACAACUAGUUUGGAAAUCGACUAAUUUCCAAGCUUCGUUAAACAUGCUAAACCUGUUCAAGGCCCGCAUGAGCAGGUCAGCUGACAAACGGGAUAGUGGUCGCAAACUGACUAUGAGAAGGACGUCUAGCGAGCAAAUGGUUGCCAAGGACAAGGCCCACACCCCCUCAGUACAGGAAGCUCCCCUAAUACCCUAUAUAAGAAGCAGAUCAAACACUUUCACAAAUGGAGUGUCACUUCCAGCCCCUCCUCACCCUUCCCUGUCCACCAGCAAGUCGGCCAGUAACGUUCCCCCACCUACAGACGAGAAGCUCAUGGAGAGCCUCCAGCAGAUGACCUCUCCAAGACACUUCCAGAGGAGGAAGGCCGUGUUUGACGGUGACAUCAACCUCCCUCUUAGCAACCAGGCUGAUUCUCACUCAAUACUGGUUCGUUUCGAGGAGGGGGGCAAGACAACGGAAGACGUCGCCCGCAUCUCCGAUACCCACACUCUAAGAGAUGUGGUGGAGAUGGUCGUAAUAAAGCAUGACAUUGAACAGGACAACCUGGACGACCUCAUUCUCUCAGUAUCGUUCCAAGGCAACCAGAAUGUGAAUGCGACUCUGGAUCAACCCAGUAUCGAGUUUGGUGGUCACACGGUGGAGCUGAGGCCGAGGGCAAAGGUGGUGAUUGAGAGGUGGUAUUCGGAGGGCAUGCUGGUGAAGACUACUCAAGAGUACAAGACAGUAGGCGAUUGUCUCUCGUACUUUGACAGUCACGGACUAGUGGAGCUGCCCCUCCCCCCCAGGGAUGACGGGAAUUACCACUUCCCUCGGGUCCAGCCCAUCGAUCCCAUUGUGGAGUCGUGGUCUGAGCUACCCAUUGACCCCGCCCUGAGGGAAGCCCUCUCCAAAAAGGAGACGGAACAGCAGCUGGCUGUCUGGGAGUUCAUAGCCACCGAGCACUCUCACAUCAGACGUCUGGAGACCAUCAUUAAUGUGUUCAUGAGAUGUCUGGAGCUGAUAAGAAGAACAAAGCUACUCUCAGAAGAAAGCUACCACAAUGUGUUUGGUUACAUGGAGGACGUGUACAACGCCCACGAUCAGUUCUGGACCUGGACUCUAGAGCCUGCAUUGGAAAAGGUAUACGAGACUGGCUCGCCUCUGGAGCUCAAUGAGAUCAUCAACAGGUUUCCAAAGGAAUUUGGUACCCACUUCGAGAUCUACGAGCAGCACUGUCAGCUGGAGGCACUCAACCAAAACUCGCUGAGGAAAGCGAGAGAGAACUCAAACUUUGCAGUCUACCUGGAGUGGUGUGAAUCUCAGCCAGAGUGCCACAGGCUAGGUCUGGACCAGCUGCUAGCCACUCCCAUGCAACGACUGACUCGUUACCCCCUACUAAUGUCAGCCAUUAUCAAGAAGACCACUCAGCCCAUCCUCAAACAGAGACUGGAACACUUGUGGGAGGAGAUGCAGGAGUUUGUGGGGUGUGUCAACAGUGGCAUCCGUAUCCAAGAGGAGACUGAGAGAGUGCGGGAUGCAAUGAGUCGCAUCACUGGGUUCCAGGUGGUGGACGUUCCUCACGAGAUCAAAGAGUUGAUUCAGCCACACACGCACCUUGACCUCCUGGCGCCCAUGACGGGAGUGGAGGUGGACAGAGCCAGGGUGCUCAUGUUGGAAGGAACACUCAAGUUUCGUGAUGGGAUCACCUCCAAGAUGGUUCCAUUCCACCUGUUCCUAUUCACGGACAUGCUUCUCAUCACUAAGCGUGAUAAGGAGCUCUCCAGUCGCAAGGAAAACAAAUACACCAUCAUAAGAGAGCCCUACAAGAUUGACCGUCUUGUGUUACAUCCCUUGGAGCCAGGUUCCUUCUGUGCUGUGGUGCUCAAUGAGUUCCAAGUAGCCUCCACCUGGUUCAUUCUCAAGGCCAACUCUCCAGCAGUGGCCACUGAAUGGAUGGACCACAUCAACAGAGCACAGUGCUUCUACUCAGAGGCAGUGGAGAGACGCACCCAACACUGGAAGCUACUCCAAAGCCUACAAGGGGAGAGAAUUCUCAACGGGAUUGGAAUCGAAGGAAUGGAUGCACUCAGUGCUAGCCUGUGGUCAAUUAGUCCCAGUCUGAAGGAUCUCAGUAGGCGGAGUUUCACAGGGUCCAUCGACAGCCUCUCGCUCAAACGUCAGUCUAGUCCGACCUUCAUACCCAUGUUGAAAAAUACCUUAGCACGAACAAAAUCUGAAGAAAAAACUCGAAGAUUAAUGGCUCGAAAUUGCGGCCUAGAACUUGUUCGUAUCGGCUCUGGCACAUCUCCACUACGAACAGGCAGUCUUGAUCUAUUAGUCGAGCAACCCGAGACUCCAGUAAAGCUACGAGCGUGUCAGUCGCAAUUACAGCUCUUGAAUUCCGUUCCAUUUAAGCAAGGUUCUGAAGAGUAUCUCUCACCCUCUCCCCAGCAGAUACCGACCUCCCCCCUCUCCCAAGACAGCGGGACAGAGAGUGGGGGCACCAUUUCCGCUGAUGUCCUCGAUUUACACGAUGAAGAUGUGGUCAAUCUGAAACCCAUUCAGGAGGAUGCUCGAUUAGAUGAACAGAAGUCUAUCCUACGCAGAGCAAACACAUUAAGCAAACCAAUCAACCGUGUGAAGUCUGACGACUCUGGUAUUGCAAUAAAGCAAGGAUUGCCCAAAUCUCAAAGCAGUAGUUCCCCCUCCCCCUAUGGGCGUUCCUCUAUGCCUGACCAACGUCCUAAGAUGAAGGUUCACUUCAGGUCCAUAUCCGAUACCUCACUACUCAAUUUCGAUGUUACAUCGCCAAACUCCGAAGAAAAAACUGAUGAUGAACUAACUUCACCCAUCAUCGAUGAUGAACUUAGUAGACCAGUUUUGUCUGGUACCAGUACCAGUGAAUGCACACACCCAUGUUCACCGAACGAGUAUCCUCAAGUUUUCCCCAAUUCUAACACACAAGACAAAAAUUUCGAUUCCAAUAACUCUAUACAACCAACAGCACCAACACAAGUCAACGAGUCUCAUUCAACGGCACCAUCCUCCAGGCUACCUCCACCUCCUGUUACAAAGAAGCCCCUUCAGCGACUCGAAGCAGUUGAGAAGACUCCUCCACAAACAAAGGCCCCCGGCAAAAAAGCUAGUCCUGUGGUAGCACCUCGGAGUAAAUUUGUAGGUGGCAGGAAACUCAAACCACCCUCAAUUCGGAAGAACUCAGUAGCAGAGACACGAGGAACGUGUAGUCUACAAAAGAAGAAACCUAGUCAACUAAAAGAUCUCCGUAAUGUAUCGGUGAUGGAAGUUAAGAAGAAGUUUGAGUCACCCUCACAAGACAAAUCUCCUAAAAGUGCUUCUAAAAGGGUGCUCAAAGUUCCGGAGUCACAAUCUAAGCCAAUUGAACCGACAAUUGCCAUUCGAAAGACCUCUAAUCCUCCAAAACCUCUUCCUAGAGUCCCUGUUGCUCAUCAAUCGAUGGCUUCCCCUAUAAACGAAUUCUCAAACUUUCAUCGUGUGGGUGCAGUGAGAGCCAGGGCCUCUCCUCCCAGGACAAGAGCUAAACUCCAAGUUCAAAGGCAAAGUAAUCUUGCAAGAAGCUCUUCCAUUAUUGACACCAAAGAGAAACUCUCCAUUGCUAAAAUAGGAAAACCUGCAAGUUUUGAUGCGUCUGAAAUCGAAAGGAAAAGCAGUCAAGCAAGUCCGACCCGUGAUAGGGAUAUGCUAACUAAACUGGCUGCACUUACACCCCCUCGUAACAGAAGGUUGCCUCCUAAAGCGUUGGGUGUUGAAUCACCUGACACGCGGAUCAGAAUCGAAGUGGUUGGAGGCUCAGAACGUGGUAUCGACAUACCAUUGAAUUUCAAUUCCAAUAACAAUAACAUGAGCACAGCAAUGGAGACAGGCAGUGAGCGGAAAAGAAAAGACAGUAUUUAUGAUAUUCAGGAUGCGAUUACAGUCAGCUCCUGUAGUGAAGGGAGGUCUGCAACGAUGCCACACAAGAACAAGCGUUAUCCUAUCGAAUGGAAUCAAUUUGGAUUCUCGUGGAAAAAUGAACAAUUGUACCAGCCGUCUAGACUCAGCUAUCGGAGCACGUUGUUACAGUAACAUGUUUUUAUUUUUAUACUCUCAUAUUUAUUUUUUAAGUCACAAUAAUUCUUGAUCAAUUAAAAACGUUCACAAAUUUUAUUCUGUUGA